AUGCCUGACCCGAGAAUGACCGACCCGAGGACGCCUGAUUCGAGGACUUUUGAUUCGAGAACGCCUGACCCAAGAAUGCCUGAUCUGAGGACUUCUGAUUCGAGAACGUCUGACCCAAGAACGCCUGACUCGAGGACGCCUGACCCGAGAACUCUUGACCCGAGAACGCCUGACUCGAGGAUGCAUAACACGAGAAUGCCUGACCCGAGAACGCUUGAUCCGAGGACUUCUAAUUCAAGAACGCCUGAUUCAAAGACUUUUGAUUCGAGAACGCCUGACCCAAGAACGCCUGACUUGAGGACGCCUGACACGAGGACUUCUAACCAUAGAACGCCCUACCCAAGAACGCCUGACUUGAGGAGGCCUGACCCGAGGACUGCUGACCCUAGAACACCUGAUUUGAGAACGCCUGACCCGAGGACUUCUGACCUGAGGACACCUGACCCGAGGAUGCCUGACCCAAGGAGCCCUGACCCGAGGACUUCUGACCCUAAAAAGUCUGACUCGAGAAUGCCUGACUCGAGGAUGCUUGACCCGAGAACGUCUAACCUGAGAAAUUUUGACCCGAGGACUCCUGACCCGAGAACACCUGACUCAAGGACACCUGACCCCGAGGACUUCUGA